AUGGAGGAUUAUUUUGCGCAGAUCACUCCGCAACAGCUGGAAUACUAUGCUUGGAUUCUGAAUGAAGUCAGAGAACAGUUUGAUGAGACACUGGAACGCUUACGUACACUUGACGAGGCAUUGGACUAUAUAAAGAAUCAACUUCACGAUAUCUCGCAUCGUCUGAAGCGCAUGGAGAAGAUGGACAGACACUCAAAAGUGCAGAGCCAAGCGAAUUGA